AUGCGAUUGCUAGAUGUCGACACCGGGAGCUUCCUCUACUUCACUGAACGAGAUAAGACGCCUCCUUAUGCUAUACUCUCACAUACAUGGGAUUCCGCGGGAGAACAGACCUACCAGGAGGUCAAAGAUAUUCAGUCGUCGUAUCUUUCCGACAACACUGCGAAGAUCCGUCGCGCGUGCGAGGCCGCACGCAACGAAGGCGUCCGAUACAUGUGGAUCGAUUCUGCUUGCAUCGACAAAACCAGCAGCUCAGAGCUGUCGGAAUCUAUCAAUUCUAUGUACAUCUGGUAUCGUGACGCCGUCGUCUGCUACGCGUUUCUAGCGGACGUACCUGUCGAUGAGGACCCUCAAUCUCCGCGCUCGCGCUUUCGCCAAAGCAGGUGGUUCAGGCGUGGAUGGACACUUCAAGAGCUCAUCGCUCCCCGCAACGUGGUAUUCUUCUCGAUGGAGUGGAUAGUGUUUGGUACCAAGUCUAGCUUGGCAACGGUCGUGGAGGAGAUCACGGGCAUCGAGCGAUCUGUCUUAACGCACAGGAAGACACUGGACGAUGUCGGCGUCGCGCGACGGAUGUCAUGGGCGGCGAGGCGUGAAACGACUAGGGUCGAGGAUCGCGCGUACUCGCUCUUCGGGAUAUUUGGGAUCAACCUCCCCACACUCUACGGUGAGGGCGAACAGGCCUUUCGGAGGCUACAAGAGGAGAUUCUACGACGUAUCCCGGAUCAGAGUCUGUUCGCAUGGGGGGAUAUUUCCCUAGCUCCUCUG